CAAAAGCAAAAGCACUACAGUGAAUAUAAGGGGGAAAUUACAGAGACGAGAAUCGUAAACUUACCUAAGAGUAGACCAAAUUUCUGAAAAGAGAAGAAAAUGUUAUAUUUAAUAUGAAUAAUCUUUCCCUUUCCAAUGUCUAUUUACAAGGUUAAAAGCAAACAUACUUAUCAAGUAUAUUGAAUACAAGAGAACAGCUGCAGAAUGUAAGUGCUUCUGUUCAUCUCUUUCUAUAGCUUUGAAACUGAAAACUCAGAAGAAGAACUGGAGACUGGCACUGAACAGGGUAAUUCUGCAGUGGUAAUUUGUUAAGAAGGAGAAACUUUGGGGGAGAUAAAGCAUGGCAGGGGCAAAAAGGAGAAAGAAAAGUGCAGUGUGGAGGAAGAUCCAUGCUCUUCGCUGUGAAGAUAUCAAACUGUGGUGUGUAAGAAGGCUGCCUAUUUUGAAGUGGGCACCCAGCUACAAUGUGAAGGAAAACUUGAUUCCUGAUACAGUCUCUGGGAUGAUGCUGGCAAUUCAACAGGUACCUCAAGGGCUGGCCUUUGCUGUUCUGUCUUCAGUCCAUCCAGUGUUUGGUUUAUAUGGCUCUCUCUUUCCUGUCAUCAUUUAUGCUGUGUUUGGAAUGGGGCGCCAUGUUGCAACAGGAACUUUUGCUUUAACUUCCUUGAUAUCUGCCAAUGCAGUUGAACGUCUUGUUUCUCCAGCAAUCAACAAUUUCACUACAAGCAAUAAUUCGGGAGUCUUAGGUUUAUCGGAGUUUGAAAUGCAGAGGAUUGGAGUUGCUGCAGCGGUUUCAUUUUUAGGAGGAAUUAUUCAAGUAGCAAUGUUUGUGCUGCACUUGGGCAGCGCCACGUUCUUGUUGACGGAACCGGUGAUAAGCGCAAUGACAACAGGAGCAGCAACGCAUGUUGUGACUUCACAAGUCAAGUAUCUGCUGGGAAUGAAAAUGCCAUAUAUAUCUGGGCCCCUGGGAUUCUUUUAUAUUUAUGCCUACAUAUUUGAAAACAUCAACUCGGUUCAAUUAGAAGCUUUGCUUCUGUCCUUGGUAAGCCUGGUGGUGCUCGUUCUUGUUAAAGAAUUGAAUGAAAAAUUUAAAAGAAAAAUUAAAGUAGUUCUUCCCAUCGAUUUAAUUCUGAUCAUUGCUACAUCCAUUGGCUGCUACUGUGCUGAUAUGGAAUACACGUAUGGCCUAGAAGUUGUGGGACAUAUUCCAGAAGGGAUACCAGCACCGAAAGCCCCAUCCCUGAACAUCCUCUCUGAAGUAGUUACUGAAGCUUUUGGAGUAGCGUUAGUUGGUUAUGUAGCAUCACUAGCCCUGGCUCAAGGCUCUGCUAAACAGUUCAAAUACUCUGUGGAUGAUAACCAGGAGCUUUUGGCUCAUGGCCUCAGCAAUGUGAUUCCUUCAUUUUUCUUUUGCAUACCAAGCGCUGCAGCGAUGGGACGUACUGCACUUUUAUAUAGCACCGGAGCAAAAACACAGGUGGCUUGCCUUAUAUCUUGUAUUUUGAUACUUGUGGUGAUCUAUGCAAUAGGACCGAUGCUAUACUGGCUGCCCAUGUGUGUUCUAGCAAGUAUCAUUGUUGUGGGUCUAAAGGGAAUGCUAAUGCAGUUCCGUGAUUUAAAAAAAUAUUGGAAUGUGGAUAAAAUAGAUUGGAGCAUAUGGGUUAGUACCUAUGUAUUUACAGUAUGCUUUGCUGCUAACGUGGGACUAUUGUAUGGAGUUGUCUGCACUAUAGUUAUAGUGAUUUUCCGCUUCCAAAGAGCAAAGACACUGAGUUUGAAAAAUAUGAAAGAAGUGGAAUGUAAAUUCAAAACAGAAGCUGAUCAUGAAUCUUUACAACAGGUAAAGAUAGUUUCAGUGAACAACCCACUAGUAUUUCUGAAUGCCAAGAAGUUCCAUCAUGACCUAAUAAGGAUAAUCCAGAAGGAUAGUGCAAGCACCCAGCCACAUGAUGAUCUAAACAAGUGUGAACAGAACACGUUGCUCAAUCCAGUAUCCAAUGGAAAUUGUCAUGGUGAGCUGUCAUUACAGCCAUGCCCCAACGAGAGAUGUGCUUUAAUAUUAGACUGCAGUGGACUGACUUUCUUUGACUAUACCGGAGUCUCUGUGCUUCUUCAGAUUUACAUGGAUUUUAAAAACAGAAGUAUCGAUGUGUUACUAGCACAUUGUAAAGCGUCCUUGGUAAAAGCAAUGCAGUACAGUGGAAAUCUAGGAUCUGAAAAUCCUAUCUUCUUUGAAUCUGUUUCCUCUGCAAUUGGUGCCAUUCAUUUAAACAGGAAUUUCAGCAAACUCAGUGAUCACAGUGAAGUGUGAAGUCUACAUGACGCAGGGUGGCUAUUUUGAUCUGCUAACAUACAGAAUGAACUACGGCAUUGCUUUUCCUUACAUCUUUUUUCAUGAGAUCACGUAGGUAGUAUUUUGUAUGCCAAAUAUGUUUAAUGGACAUCAGUGCUGCCAAAGAUUUCUCUUCAGCUACUGCUGCUGAGAGAGUGUUCAUACAAUGGAUUGUUCUAUUGUGGAUAUAUAUAUAUAUAGUAUUUUUGUACACGUUUAGAUACAAAAUAUUAGAAAGCAGACAUGGGAUAUCAACAUUUUAUUACAGUGAUUUAUAUUGUUUUAGCUCAUUCUAUAGUAACUUAAUUUGUAACGCACAACUAUAGUUUUGUGCAUGGAAGAGUAAGACAUUAUGAACUUUUGCAAAUGAUCUGUAGUGACUGGUGCGGUAUAUGCAGCAUACCAUAUACAAAACCCAAUUUUGUUUCAAAUAUCUGCUUUAAUCCUUUUCUUCUUAAAACCAAACACAUGCAAUAGCAACAUCAUAUUGUAUAACCCUGUGCACUUAACCCAGUCCUGCAUUUCUUGCACACUUAAUCCUUGUAUACUAUUUAAUGCCCAAUGGGAGUUUUGGGUGUGCAAAGAAUACACUGGCUUAGUACAUGUUAUCAUGUCUCCCUCCAGAGACCGGUGCCAGUGACUAUUACAGCUUGCUGUUUUGUUAAACCAGAGGAGUUCGUUAGUUCAAGUGGAAGAAGAGGCUUUUACUUUUGGUUCUAAAGGUCCCAGGUUUGAUCCUCACUGAUGCGUGUGGAGUCUGCAUACGUAUGUGACUCUGGCUCAAUACACAAUCUCAGGCCCAAGAAUAUUAUGGAUCACACUCUCAAUUUGUAUAAAUCCACAUAGCUCCAUUGACUUUAAUGGAACUGCACAAAUUUACACCACUUGAGGAUCUAGCCAAAACAUCAUAUCAUGGAACAGAUUUUCAAAAAUAGGCCUAAAAUUGCACAUGCAGGACGUAUAUUUUAGUGGGCAAAUGAGCAAUUGUCCACUAUGAAGGUGGGAUAAUGAUGUGUUCAGCUGCCCAGUUGCACAUGUAAAGGUGGGUCUUGUACAUAGAAGCUGAUGCAUGAAUAUUUUUGGGACAGCAAUUUGAAAGUUUGGCCUUGUGAAUUCUGGGUCAGAUUUACCAGAGUAAAUCAGUGUGUGCUGGAGUGGGGCAGUGUACAGCGUAAUUUGUCCCUCUGUAAAAUUGAGAAAUUGGCCUAAUUUAUUAUUAACCUUCUGAUUAAAAAAUGAAGUGAUUACUAGAGUGCACUGAUAGCUAUGUGUUAUCUAGUUCCUUCUUUCUAAAGGUAAAUGUUAGUGUCAUUAAAUUAAGUCCCCAAAGCAUUGCAAAAUAAGGCAAGAUGACUGUUUGUAGCUAGUCUGAGGUACCU